UUUAGAAGGGUUAAGUUGUGUGUUCUGUGGAAGCCAAACAAAUAUACCAGUCUCUAUGGCAAGCACAGGGAAUGGUCUCAGUUUAAGGAGGCAUAGAUGGGCGGAACCGAUACCAUUGGGUUGGCGUUUGGCCUCUGUGGAGGAGGUGAGCGAGGAGGUGAGCGAGGAGGUGAACAGAAAUGGUGAUAUUGAUUGGAUAAACGCAAGAAACCGUUUCAUUACCAGUAACAGACUGGAUGGUGUUGGUGAUCGUGAUAGGAUAUACCUUAAGGACGGACACUGGGAUCCCAUGAGUCCGCCCACUCAAACGCACCACAUACUGCUACUGAUUGGCAAAGCCCCUAGCUUCCGACUAUUUGAUCGUUCGUUGAGAGUGGAGAAAUUACCAUUGGGUUGGCGUAUUGCUUGUCGGGAUGAAGCCAAUGAUAAUAUUGAUCUUGUUAAAAGAAUCAUUAGGUUUGCAGGCUUGGAAGAAGUAUGUCUUUCGGACGGAUGGGUAGGCCUCACCGGUGCGCCUUCGAGAGGAGAAAGGGACAACUUGAGCCACGUUCUGCUUAUUGAGCUACCUGCAGAACCAAAUACAGAGAGGAGCAGCAGCGUAAGCUCAACAAUGCUUACUGUGCCACAAAGACCAAGCCAUGGACAAGGAAUGCCAGGGAGGAGCAGAUGAGCCCAACAGUGUCACAUGAAUGAUGAAUGACAGGCGACAGACGUCAAAGUAGCACUACAAAUUAAUGUAACCGUGUGUGCUAGAAUUGUUUGGGAUAUUAUAAGAUGGUAUGGUUUGUUCUAUAUCUAAUAGUGUUGUGUUGUCUUACUGGCUUUGUUUUGUCAGUUGUCAUAUGGUUUGCGUGGUUUGUUUGGUUUGUUUUUGAGUAGUUAU